AUGACUACUACAUCAAUCACCUCGGUCUCGCCCCCCAUUCGCCGCACGGAGAUGCCGUUUCUUCUGCCGAAGCCGACCCGGAUUUUUCUCCUGGCGUUUUUCUGCUACGUGCAGCUGCUUUGCUCUAUGGUGCUGAACGGGUUCUUCACAAUCGUCAAGCAGGUUGCAGCGUUCUACGGGGUGUCCGUUCAGCUCGUGAAUCUUAUGGGGACGAUUGUGUAUCUCUAUCGACCGCAAACAUGUCUUCAGUGUGGGAACAGACCAUUGCACUGCUGCAUAGACAGGGUGCGGAUUUUAGAGUUUGUUCCAUGUCGUGCAUUCGCGCGGAUUGUUUCUGUUCGAGAAACUACAAGUGAACUGCAAUUAUUUUCUCAGAAGCAUUCCGGCACCGGUUCGAUCGCGGCUGGUCUCAUCUGGCGCUUGUGUUUCCAUCAAGUAUCGCAUUUCUCUCGACACACACUGGGACAUGUUUGCAACGCAUAAGCCGCUGGCUGCGCUGAAGUUCCCUGCCAUGUACUGGACCGAGCGGUUUGGCGUUAUCCCGAGUUUGGUGUGCGGGAUGGUGUUUUUCUCCAUCGGCACCAUGUUCAUACGAUUACUAGACUCCGGGGAGUCCUUCACUUGCGUGUUCGUUGGCACAGUGAUUGCACAGCUCGGGCAGCCAUUCUUCCAGUGCCUCGCCGCCAGCAUUCCCGCUAACUAUUUUUUGGAGAAUGAGCGGGCAACCCCGACCGCGCUCGGGAUCGCCAGCGACACGACGGGCGUGGGGGUGGGCAUGUUUUUGACGGGCCUCCCGUAUUUCGCGGACAACCCAAAGAAUUUUCUGUACGUUUGUGCGGGACUGAACCUCCUCGCAUGCGUGCUUUUCAUCCCCAUUCUGCUCUUGAUCCCGAACCGCGGUGCGCGGAGCGGGUCCGAGAAGGAAUUCUACCACGAAGACGAGCUGAAUUUGAACUCGUUGACCGAAAUCGAAACAGGUUCUUCUCCGACGAACAGGAUAGCAGGAGGGCCGGAGAACAACACUACAGCGGAACUUGCAGACAUGUCCGGAUCAACGUCGAGGUCAACAUCAAGAGGAAGGGUCUUCAGGAGAGGGACGAGCAGCGGUCGAAUAAAAGGAUUGUUCCGGUGUUCCUGCGACUGCCCGCUGUUUGACAACAUGUAUGUGCUGUUCACCAAAUGCCCCGAAUUCACCUACAGCUUUCUGGGCGUCUCCCUGCUCUUCGGGGUUUUCAACGCCCACCUCACCGUGAUUUCCGAAGUUUUCCCCAGCGAAGCGUCGGCGAACAUUUACGCCGGCAUAUUUUUCCUGGCGGGUUUGCUCGGAAACGUGAUACAGGGGGGCCUGCUGGACAGCAACCGGAUUUCCUUUCAGGGGAUCAUAAAGACCGUAAUCGUGUUCUUAAUCGUCCUUUUUUCCUGCACGGCGUUUAUAUGGACGACAGUGCCUUCCGCGUCCUCCCCCUGGCUCUACGUCCUCGCGUGCCUGAUGGGGCUGGGUGGCCCGGGCCUCGCGGCGACCAGCAUCGGGUUCGUCUUGCGCAGUGGCAGCUACCAGCAGAUCGUCGCGGCGUCGACACAGGAGUUGGUGAGCGGGAGUUCUGGGCGACGAUCACAGAGUGCCGGGUCCGUGGAAGCGAAGGCGAGCAGCAAGAACCUCGAGUCAACAGUAACCGGGCUGAUGCUGCUGGGGUUUUGCCUCGUCACCGCCCUGCUGAACAUACUACUCAACCCGGAGACCCUCGGUCCGGAGUGGGGCGGGGAGCGCGUGCUACCGUGGAUCUGGUGGCUUCUGUCCUUACCAGGGUAUUGGUUGCUGUGGAAGGCCUGCAGUCUGGAUUUCUGAUCUUGAGGAAAGUCCGAGAUCAAGGACCGGCAGCGACGUUGUGAAUUUUUCAAUCUACUACAGUUGGAAUUUACAGAGGGGGAAAGUCCUCUUGCAACAAAUGAACCUUUAGGAGAGCCCUUUCUCAUGUGUAGUGGUUCCGCCCAUGAUGAAGAUGUCGCGUCUCCUCUUGCUCGGCCGUGUACCAAAAUAGAUAAAGAAUACUUCUCACAGGCGUGAACCAUACCGGACUACAGACUCUUUUGGUGCCAUUUCGCUUCUUUGAUUCAAAUGGCGUGCUGUGUUGUAUCUUCGAAACGGGCAGAUGUUAUAUAUGAAGUUUAACUUUACAGUUGUUUGGGUCUGCAGCUGCAACAUCAGAAGUGUGUGCAUAUUUCAAAAGCCGACAUCCAAUUCCACCACGGUAAUUAUUGUGGAAUUUGCAAGCGUAUUCGGAUUCCGAUUCGCUACCAAGCAGCGUGCACAGUCUGUUGCGCUGCUGCUACUUGCUGCUGACGCUGUUCUACAACUCG